UCUCUCUCUCUCGCUCUCUCGCAGAGUUUACCUUCUCCGUUUCGCCUAAAACCUUGCGAUCAUCAGGCGAAAUUCCGGUUGGUUCCGCGCCGUGAUCCGCCGCGGCGAUGAAGGGUCGGGCGUACAAGGACGAAGCGCCCCAUGGGAAGUGGGGCAGGUUCGGCGGCUCCUCGAAGCCGGCGGGGAACAACAGCAAGGCGGCGGCGAUGAAGAAGAAGAAGGAGAACGUGAUGCGUUUGGGAGGCGGCGGCGGCGGCCUCUCCCUCGAAGCCUUUGCGAACAUAAAGUCGACCUCGAAUCGGAAUCAGUACAACCCUGCUCUGAUCAAAAAGCAAAAGGAGUUCUACAAAAAUGCCAAGUACAUCAGCAAGUACAAGAAAUCCCUAAAGCAUCUAAGUGAGCAAAAUGAUCCCUCAGCCGUGAAACCUUCAGAGGACGUAAAGGAAACGGAGGAAUCUAACAAGAGAAAUAAGAAGAACAAGAAGGGAGGUUCAAGUAGUCUGAGGGAGCUGUAUGAGAAGAAGCGUGAGGAGGAAGAGAUAGCAAGAAAGGAGAGGGAGGCAAUUAUACAAGCAAAGAAAGAAGAGAGGGAGAAAGCCGAGGCUCGGAGGAAGGCAGAAAGAGUGAAGAUGUUCAAGAAGACACGGUCCGGUCAACCCGUUAUGAAGUACAGAAUCGAGCAUCUUCUGCAGAGCAUUCAAGGCUCGAAUUAGUGCUUGGGUUGCUCAUUCAAAGGGGGAUUUCAGCAUCCCCUCUCUUUUCUUUUUGGUUUCUAUACAAGCGGUCUUUUCUUGAACGGUAGAUAUGUCUAGGGUUUCUGGAGUUCUGGCCUGUUCAGAAAGUUAAACCUGAAAUGUCAAUUUUUUUGGAUCUCUGUAGGAAAUGAAAGCUUGUACAUUUUCUUAUAAUAUGAAAUGGAAGCUUCGCUGGAUUCAUUGAUUAA